GAAUCGAACUCAGAUUCCUCCAGCGUGAUGCAUAUCAGCAUGUCCCUCCUCGCUGACUUGAAGGUCUUCGCCAAAGAUCCUGCACACCGUACAUAGCCUUUCUGCAACGUUUGCACACUGUUCCCUUGUUCCGAGGAGGGAAAUGCUGAAGAAACUCGUUCGUUUCGCUCCUGCAGAUGAUUCCAACGCCAGAUCUCGCUCACAUUUCACGAUCUACCUACGAGCACGUGUAUGAACCAGCAGAGGACACGUUCAUCCUCCUCGACGCUCUGGAAGCCGAUGCGUCAAUCCUGCGUGAUGGUGUCGCUGCGGGACGAUGCAAGCGGCCUCGCCUUUGCGUCGAGAUAGGACCAGGCAGCGGUUGUGUUUCUGCUUUCCUUGCGAAGAUCGUAGGAGAGACUGAAGCUGCAUACAUUUGCUUAGAUAUCAAUGCGCAGGCGGCCGAAAUCACUCGACAGACCGGCUCCGCAAACGGAGUGCCUCUCUCCCCGAUCAUCUCUAACCUCCUUUCCAACGUAGAAGCAAGGGUACACGGCAAGGUGGAUGUGCUCGUCUUCAACCCACCAUACGUCCCAACGUCUGCAGAAGAAGAAGCGCAAGCACAAUGUUCUUACACCGGGGAGAACGGGAGUGAAAGCAAGAUUGAAGCAGCAUGGGCUGGGGGAAGCAUGGGCACCCGGCUGCUUGAGAUGCUCAUCGAAGGUUCGGGCUCCGUGCGCUGGCCCCUCGAGGAAAUGCUGGCGCCGGGCGGCUCAUUCUACUUCGUCGCAAUCAAACAAAAUGCGCCGGAAAAGCUUGUCGAGCGAUUGCGAGCUCGCGGACUGACGUCUGAUAUCGUACUCUCUCGCCGCGCAGGAGGCGAACACCUCUUUAUCAUCCGAGCAGUCCGACAUAUCGAUACUGUAGAAUAAUAUUGCAGCAACAACGAGGAGUACAAUUUAGGAACCGUGGGAAAGGUAGCAAAUGCACAGAGAAUUAGAAGGCUACUUGUACAGAAAUUGAAGAAAGCGAUUCGCUAUUGCUC